CGGCAACGCCCUUACUUCCUUCCUUCACUUACGAUGAACUUACAGCGAAUAGGACACAGUUCCUGCCUCUCCUACCGAGCAUGGACGCGUAUUUCUCCAGUAUCCUUGCCACAUACCCAAUACCGGACAAUUAUCCGCACCUCUGUUGCAAAAAAGCGCAAGGCCUCCAUAAAACAAGCCCAGAAGGACUAUGAAGCAAAAGCCAAAGAACAGCAGAACAACCAGGAAGCUGCCAUCAACGAACUCGAGAAGCUGCGCGUUUUCUCUGCCAUGAAUCCCCAGUUUGAUCCGUGGGCGCUCGACGCCCCAACUCUCGAUGUCAUGAUACCAUACCGCUUUGCACCAUGGCGGCCAGAAUACAGGACGAGCCCACUAGACGCGGCAAGACAAUGGUUUAGUAAUGUGGAGAACAAGGUCAAAAACGCGAUUUGCAUGUGGCAACUAGCUGCCUACGACAGCUUCCCAGGCAAGGAUCUUACCGCAAAGAACUUUUUUGAAAAAUACAUCUCCUGGCCGCUGAAAUCCCUCAAAUGCACUUCGAUUGCUCCAGACGAAUGGGUCAGCCCCCUUCGUCAGAUUGCAUUGCAAACGUACAAGGAUCUCAAUGUCGCAAUUGCCAAGCGGGACGUCAAGCGAGUCAAGCAACUUUCGAAUGUCAAAUAUCGCGACGACAUUAUGUCGCGCAUGAACAAAGCCGACCCCAAACUCACGUACAUCUGGCGUUUCCACAAGGAACUGGCUCCUACCAAGAUCAUAUCCAUACGCUGUACAGAAGGCCACUUGGGAGCAACACCGCCCACUUUUGGGAACCGACUGGUCGUACAAGCUCUUUUGAGGUUCGAGACCGAGCAGAGUCUUGAAAUAUAUAAUCAAAAAGGUCUGGCGGUACACGCACCAGCAGAUGGAGCGGCGGCCUCCCCGAUCGGCGGUACAGUGGUGCCUGCGAAACCGCGACGUGUAGUAGAGUAUCUCACAAUUGAGAAGAAAAUGUACUACGACACCCCUUGGUACUUCAGAGACCAACUAUGGCCUGCACCAGGUGGGAAGGUAGCUAUAGCGUAGCAUCUCGAAAACAAUUUAUGGUAUCAUUCACUCUCCUUAGAAGACC